CGUGCCCCGCCCCCGCCGUCGCGCGCGGCGCUGCGGCGGCGGAAGUAUGGAGGGCGAGAGUACGUCGGCGGUGCUCUCGGGCUUUGUGCUCGGCGCGCUCGCAUUCCAGCACCUUAACACCGACUCGGACACGGAAGGUUUUCUCCUUGGGGAAGUGAAAGGUGAAGCCAAAAAUAGUAUAACGGAUUCCCAGAUGGAUGAUGUUGAAGUUAUUUAUACAAUUGAUAUUCAAAAAUAUAUUCCAUGCUAUCAGCUUUUUAGCUUUUACAAUUCUUCUGGUGAAGUAAAUGAACAAGCACUGAAGAAAAUAUUAUCAAGUGUCAAAAAGGAUGUGGUUGGUUGGUACAAAUUCCGACGUCAUUCAGACCAGAUCAUGACAUUUAGAGAGCGAUUGCUUCACAGAAACUUACAGCAGCAUCUUUCAAGCCAAGAACUUGUUUUUCUGCUAUUAACACCAAGUAUAGUAACUGAAAGCUGCUCUACUCAUCGUCUGGAACAUGCCUUAUAUAAACCUCAAAAAGGACUUUUUCAUAGAAUACCUUUAGUUGUGGCGAAUCUGGGCAUGUCUGAACAACUGGGCUAUAAAACUGUGUCCGGCUCCUGUAUGUCUGCUGGUUUUAAUCGAGCAGUGAAAACACACAGCCCUGAAUUUUUUAAAGAAGAUGGAUCUUUAAAGGAGGUACACAAGAUAAAUGAAAUGUAUGCUUCUUUACAAGAGGAAUUAAAGAGUAUUUGCAAAAAAGUAGAACACAGUGAGCAAGCAGUAGAAAAACUACUAAAGGAUGUAAGUAGAUUAAAACGAGAAAUUAAAAAAAGAAAAAGAGCACAGACUCAAGCAGCACGAGAUACGAAUAUGCAAAAAGAGCCUCAGGAGAACGUUUUUCUUUGUCAAGCUUUACGGACUUUUUUCCCUGACUCUGAAUUUCUUCAUUCAUGUGUUAUCUCCUUGAAAAACAGACAUGUUUCUAAAAGUACCUGUCAAACCAACCACCAUCUCAGUGUGGCAGACAACCUGACCUUAAUGGUAGAAUACACCGACAUUCCAGAAGCUAGUCCAGCUAGUGGUGCACUGCAGGUGACUAAGCGUAAAGCUUUAGAUACAGAUGAUGAUUGGCAAUUCAAGAGGACACGGCUGUCAGAGACACAAAACAAACUAUUAAAAACAGAUACUGACAGUAGUAACCAAGAAAAAGCAUCCACCGCAAGCAGCCCAGAAAUAGAUGAAGAGAUUGAGAAAAUGAAGGGUUCUGGUGACUAUCCACAGUCUCCUACUUUUUGAUUCUUUUAGGCCAAAUGAUUUUUGACUGGCUGAAGGAUAAAACUAAAUAUUGCUAUUGUUUUGAUUCUGUUCAGUUAUUUUAAGUCAUACAUAGAUAAGUACAUUUAUUUCAUAAAUAUUUUAAAAAAUAUCAUGCUUUUAUUUUAAAACCAAAACCUUUUUUUCCCAUGUAAAAAAGCUUGAACACCUUUUCUUUUAAAUUCAUACAGCCGUCAUUAGAAUUGGAAAAGAGACUAGCCUUAUUUUCACAAUAGAAAAUCUAAAUCAUGGAAAUUUUUACCUGUCAUUAAAAUUCCUACUCCUUAGUGAUGAAUCUAGAGGUUCCAAUUAUGGCAUAACGAUAGUGCAUCAUAAACGGUAAUCUAUCCCUACUCUAGUGUCCGCUACACAAAAAUGAGUGAAUCCAAAAUUUGAAUACAGAAUAAGCUUGGUAAUGCAGUGUAUUUGGGCACAGCAUUUGGUCAAUUAAGCUGAAAAAUGCUAAAGUGGGGACUCAGAAAAAUAUAUAUUACUUACAUAUGAAUGCCUAUCAGAUUUCCUUUGAAUAUAAAGCAAAGUAUACAUUUGUCAACUUUCUGUUGUAAGGCCAGGAACUUUAUCGCAGUAUAAGUUCAGUGAUUAUGUAAAUCAGUCAUAAUUUAAUCUUUGCAAUUCCCAGUUUCUUUAAAGUGAAAAACUUAAAUUUGUGAAGCAGCCUCAGUACGAAAUGCUACUGGGUUUUUUCAUUUCUCAGCACUCUCCCACCCUUGGUCUUACUAAGUUGUUCUAGUCACAUCUAAUUUAACAAGUAUUUUUUAAAAGCCAACUUUUGUUUUUCCAAGUCAUUUAAUAUUCACUGCAAAAACAACUUACUGCUCACAUUUUAUCAGUACAAUAACAAAUGAAACUGACACAGUUCUAAGAACAAAAUACCUGACUCUUGACAAUGCACGGCUCAUGGGCUUUAAUGUGAUAUUUAGGAAGGAUGUAAAGCCCAGUGUAAUCCCGUGAGUUAGUGAAGUGGCAGCUAAGAGACCUUUUGUUGUCUAGUGUUUGUCUUUUCCAUACUUGUGAGAAUUUUCCAUGAAGCAUGUAUAUCACAUGAAGCCUUUGUAUUUCAUUCAGUGGAUGAGACUGCAAACACACAUUCUGACCAUUGUACUUCCAUCUGUUACUAAAUAAUAGAUUCAUAGCUACUAUCAAAAGCUGUCAUCUUUUAUCUGUGUAAAUAUGCAUUACCAUGGAGUGCUUUUGAAACCCACAUAGCAUUAUAGAUGAUUUGUACAAAUAAUGAGUUUCUGCUGGGAUUGAUUUACUGAUUACUGUGAUGUAGUGCAGGGCAGAAGGAGUGGAAAUAUGCUGUCAGUCUAAACCCUAAUUUAAUUACAAACACAACCAGAGCAUACUAGAACUUAUCACACAACACAAUGAUUGAAUUCAAUCAACAAAUUAAUAAAACGAUAUACAAAGUAGACUAGGAACUUAGAAGCAGCAAGCCAACACGCAAAUGUCUUCUGAAGACAAGAUUGAGAUUUUUUUUCAAAGACUGCUUACUUACUGAAAUAAAAGUCUACAUGGGUCUUCGUACAAGCUCAGUUUGCUAAAUUGCUAUGGAGAAGCUACAAAAGUAUUAAGCUCAUUUUUGCACAAUUACCAGUCUCCUUUGAAGACAGCACUGCUAAUAAAUUUAGUGAGAAGCUUGCUGAGGUCAGUACACAGCCAUGUUUCCAUAAUUGAGUUAGAUGACCCAACUUUCAAGCUAUCCAAUGAAAAGGAGGAAAAGUGUCCAUUAUAGGACAUUUUUCCCCCAGUUACUCAUCUUUUGGAAUUAAUUUGCAUUACUGGAGUAAGAUAAAGUGAUGUAACAGACUGCCUGUAUAGUGUAUUUAAAGGACACUACCAAAUUUGGAAUAGAAUAGUCGUGGAGUAAAUACCAGGUUCUGUGAUAUCACCACAAUACAUCCUCAUGACCCAUGUAACAUCUCCACAAACCAAAGACCCACUGUCCUAGCCAGGCACAUAUGAUAGUUAGAAAAUCUUCCUGAGUAAUUUCAAGUCCAUAUCCUGUUACAUGUGAUGGGUCUAUUACACAAGCAUUUUAUUUUUCCUACACCCAUGUCCCUAAAAUCUCAUAAGACAGAAUCUGGGCCUAAAAUAAAAUUUCAAUAAAGCAUCACUUCCAUGUUUUAUAUCCCCAUACUAGAGGUUUACUAUUGUAUGAAUAGUAUGAGCCUAUUGUAUGUAUUGUAUGAAUGUAUUGUAUGUAUUGUAUGAGCCUAUUGUAUGUAUUGUAUGUAUUGUAUGAAUAGUAUGAGCCUAUCUGGGGACUAGACAAAAAUGACAAUCCUAUAGCACCAUUUUUUUUUUAUUCAUACAUGUAAAAAGUAGUAACAUUUUUAAAAAAAUUUUUUAAAAGAUUUAUUUUUAUACAAGAACUGGGGUACAGGCCAGAGGCGCGGGAGGGUGAGAGGAUUCACCAGAGACAGAGCAGGGAGCAGAACAGGCAGACUGACCAAAAUACACUGCUGAGGGGAGCAGUGGGCGAGACAGGAGAGGUCUGCCUCGCCAUGUGGGUAUCUCCCUGGCUGGCCAGGAAUCAAACCUGCGCUGCAGAGGCUGUGGACAGCUUCAUAGCACUGUGCUCAACCCGCUGCACCACCAGAGAGGCCCCCAAAGUAAUAACAUUUUAAAUUAUGUUUUCUUAACAUUCAUUGGUAUGAAGAGGAAGCUUCACUCCUGAAACAUUUUUUCCUAAGUUUUCAAAUUAAGUUAAAAACUUAGUUUGAGAAGAUUUAGUAUACUUUCUAUGCAAAGUUUAUUAAAUCUUAAGACUCUAAAUUAUUAUUAGCCUCACACAACCAUUCAUGUAAAAUAAGUUUAUUGAUGAUAACAUAAUUUACUCCCUAUAUUUGAUAUUACAAACUUUAGGGUCUUUGAGAUAUGCAGGAUCCUUGUAUGUAACUGGCAUAAAUCCUGUAAAGAGAUAAUGAAAGUUCUUCACAAAAGAUGAGCAAUAUUUUGAUUAGCCCAAUUCAGUAUUUCAGACACACUUACCCAUUAUUUGAGCUCUCUUUAUUGCUUUUGUGAUUUCUUUUUGUUUCUUCCCACAAAGACCUGUAAAAGGAAACUUUCCUAGUCAAUAAUAAUUAUUAUUUAAAUACAUCAAGGAAAGGCUGGAAAACUUGUAAAGAGCCAGAUAGUAAAUAUCUUAGGCCUUGUAGGUCAUACAGUUGUUUCCUAACCAUUAACUCCGCUAUUAUAGCUCACAAAGCAGCCACAAAAACUGUGUAACUAGAGCAGUAGGCUCCUGAUUUAAAUACUUAGUCUAGCAUAAUUAUAGUAUACUCCAAAAUAACAAGGCAAUUUUUUAAGCCCAAAGUUUCUACAUGUCAGCAUGGUUAACUAUGAGCAUAAAGAUACACAAAAUAACGCUUUUGGCCUAAGAAGUGGCUUUCUCAAAGUACCUGUAAUAUCUGGUCUGAUGGUGAUUUACAGCACUAUUUGAAAAUCUUUUGAGUUCUAUUAAAUAACAAGUUAUUUAUAAAUAAAUAACAGAUUUAUAUCAUUAUUAAUCACAUGUAAGCUGUUAACAACAGAAAGCAAAUACCUGUUAUGUGCCUUCCAUAAAUGCAUCCAGUAAAUGGAGAAAUAAACUGGGACAAAAGCUGUUUUGAGUUUAUUUGGAAAAAGAAACAAAGUUGUGUUAAUACAUUUGUUAUUCAACCUUGACUAUAAAUUGAAGAAAA